UACUCGCUUAGAGGUCUCUGUUAAAAUGAAAAGUCAUAAUUUAAAAUAUUGAAUUGAAUUAAAAUAAAAAUUACAUCGUAACUUGUAACUGCUCUGAAGUUAGCUACAAAAAGAGAUGCAAAUAUUAUCCUGAAUGAGAUAGAAAGGGAUGGACGGAUAAACAUCUUCAACUUCAGAGUGAUUGUUCGAAUAGUUUGAGUGAGAAUUUAAAAUUAAAUGCGGUUUAAAAAAAUAUAAUUCGAGACACACGCACACAAUUUUAUUGUUACAUAAUAAUAUUCUGAUAACAUCUUUGAAAUAAUCGGACGAAAAUAUUGGUGUAUUGUGAACGAAUGUCAGUUUGAACCACUUGCUCAGUGGUUUGAACCUUUUGAUUUGCCAGGUUCAGACAAUCAGUAGUAAAAUGGAAGUCCAAGAGUUUCCCGUGGGAGCAGAAUACAAGAAAGGCACUGGUGUCACUCCUGAAGAUGUAGCCAAGAUUCGGAAGUGGUUGCAAACACAACCGCAUCUACCAGAAAAAUAUAUUACAGAUUUAGACAUCAUUCAUGCGUAUUACAGUUGCAACAAUAGCAUUGAAGUCGCCAAACAAUUAAUGGAUCUAAAUUAUUCUUUACGAACUCUCUUCACGUCGUACUUCAAGGAUCGUGUAUUUGACUCCAAAAUGGAGGGGAUUUUACAAAGACAAUUAUUCGUAUUUCUCCCUGGAAAAUCAAGAGACGGUAAUACAAUUUUGUACACUCAUGGAUUGAAUACUGACCCGAGUUUAUUCGACGUCGCCGAUAAUUUUAGGGCAUUCUUCUUAACUAUAGACUUCUGGCAAUACGAAUGUGGAACAACCCCAGGCCUGGAGCUGGUGGUCAACUUCGAAAACUACAACAUGAGCCAUGCGCCGAAAGUAGACCUUAAAAACAUACAGCAGUUCUUGUAUUAUGUACAGAAAGCAAUACCAAUAAAAUUAAAGAAGAUACACUUACUGAAUUCGCCUCCAUUCAUUGAAAGGGUGAUGAAUAUGAUGAAGCCAUUUGUGUCGAAUGACUUAGUUCAUGUUGUUCUACCACACUCUGAAGGGUUUAAGACUUUAAAAGAAUAUAUUCCAAUUGAAGCCUUGCCAAAGGAAGUUGGGGGAAAUAGUAAGCCGUUAGAUGAAUUACUUGAUGAUGUUAUAAAUAAGUUACGCGCGAACAAAGCUUUCUUCGAAAAUGAAAAUAAGAAGAGAGUAGUGGAGUCCCUGAGGCCUGGCAAACCGAAAACUUACACAGAUAUAUUUGGGGGUGUAGAAGGAUCCUUUAAAAAACUAGACAUUGAUUAG